GUUCAAGAGUCUGACAGCAGAGGGGAAGAAACUGUUCUUAUGGCAGGAUGUUCUGGUCCGAAUGGAACGAAACCUUCUGCCUGAGGGGAGUGGUAUGAACAGGCUGCAGGGUGAGAAGGGUCAGCUGUGAUCCCACCUGCUCACCUCACAGUCCUGGAGACGUACAGGUCAUGGAGAGAUGGGAGGCUGCAGCCGAUCACCUUCUCAGCAGAGCGUACAAUGCGCUGCAGUCGGUGUCUCUGGCUACAGUUUAGUCCUGAAAACUGUUUUAAAACUACUCAAUAACCUGAGCAGUCCAACAAGAGAUGUAAGUGUGAAUAUACAGCUACUGUUCUCCCUAAUGUACUGUUCAUGUGUUUCAGUGGUUCCUGCAGAUGUUCAGGAGUUGGUGCAGAUUAAAGAAGAAGCUCCCGAGGAACAAGGGCUUUAUACGAACCAGCAGGACCGAGAACACCUCCACAUAAAAGAGGAAGAUGAAGAAMGAUGGAGCAGUCUGGGAGCAGAGCAGCUCAGUGUGAAGGAGGAGACUGGUGACACUGGUUUCUCAUUCACUACAGUUCCUUUGAAGCCAGAGGAUGAUGAAGAUAAACCUCUGUUCUUACAACUUCAUCAACAAGUUGAAGGCAGAGAUCUUCCAACCAGCAGCUCAGCUGACAACCUGGAAUCAGAAACUGGUGGAGAGUCCUCUGAAUCAGAAACUAUGAGUGUCCCAGAUCUGAGUACUCAUGAAGAUGAUUCUGACUCUUCAGAAACUGAAGACAGUGAGGAUUAUGAAGAUGAUUCUGACUCCUCAGAAACUGAAAUCAGUGAGGAUGAUGAAGAGGAAAAUGAUGUGAACAAGCCUGACUCUCAGCUGAAACAUUCAUCAGGGUCAAAACCUGAAGACGACAACGUAAAGAAGCCAUUUUGUUGUGGUCUGUGUGGGCGAAGCUAUUCUCAAAAGCUCAAUUUAAAGAAACACAUGAGAAUCCACACAGCACAUGAGGUAUUUCGUUGUGAGUUGUGUGGGCGAGGCUUUAUCGAGAAAGCCUAUCUAAAAUCCCACAUGAGAAGCCAUUCAGGUCCAAAGCCAUUUUGUUGUGAGCUGUGUGGGCGAACGUUUAGCCUAAAGGUCUAUUUGAGCAAACACAUGAGGAUCCACACAGGACGUGGGGCGUUCUUUUGUGAGCUGUGUGGGCAAAGGUUUUCUGGAAAAGGCUAUUUAAACACACACAUGAGAAUCCACACACCUCAAAAACCAUUGUCUUGUGAUCUGUGUGGGCGGAGUUUUAGCCUAAAGGUUUAUUUGAACAAACACAUGAAGACCCACACAGAGCCUGAGAUGUUCUCUUGUGAGCUGUGUGAGCAAAAGUUUAUCCAAAAGAGAGAUUUAAAUCUACACAUGAGAGUCCACUCGGGACAGGAGCUACAUUGUUGUGAGCUGUGUGAUCGAAGGUUUAGCCAAAAGGUUUAUUUAAACAGACACAUGAAAGCCCACACAGGACAGAAGCCAUUUUGCUGUGAGCUGUGUGGGAGAAGGUUUGCAGAAAAAGGCUAUUUAAAACUACACAUGAGAACCCACAAGUAGUAACAAGCUUGUUGUGACCUCUGAUCUGUGCUCCUGUAAAAAUAGGCUCUGUAGCAUUUUUUAAAUAUCAGCCCCUCCUAUGAUUUGAACGUACACAUAUACAGUUUGAUACAUACGAACACCAGUCCAGUACAAACAAUAAAUCGUACAGGUCAGUUUAUACAGCGGGUAAAAUAAGUAUUGAACACGUCACCAUUUUUCUCAGUAAA